CCGCGUCACCAGUGGUUUCUGUCUUCCCUGCAGGCCCAUGGAGGGGUUGAGUGACACCUCUCUUAUUUGCUGGAAAAUUAACCUGUUUUCUUAAAACAAACAUCGAUUGAGUGCUGAACGUGUCUCAGAAAUAUAUACCGGGUGAUUUUGCAUCUACUGUAUGUGUGAUCGAAUCCCUUCGAGGUUGUGUGUUGUUGGCAUUCUCCCCCCGAGGAAAUUGAGGGCACCUUUAUCACCGACACCACCGUUUAUUUUGCACGAGGACUAGUGAAGCGGGAGUGAGAGUACUUCUCCGAGGCCCUGAGACCCCCGGACGCUACCGCCUACAUCCACAAAAAAUUCUAGGAAGGGCAUAAGUCUUCAUUUUUCAAGGUUAUCUGCCUGGCAGUGUAGGGUCGGCUCAGAUGAGAGAGAUACCAUCUGUCAUGACUUCCGGGGCCUGGUCACAUAGGGUGUCCUGAGGCGGCAGCAGAUAUCUAAAAUAGUCUUCCUUCCCUUGAGAAUAAGAAGUACCCAAGCAUGGAGAGGCUCGCUAUUUACCGCCAGCGCCCAGUGAGAGCUCGCCCCGUGCCAGGCCUGGCCCACGUGUUUGUUUUUCCUUCCACACACGGCUGUGCUGCUCUCCUGCCUCUGUAGAGGCCCCGAGAGAAGGGACUUGUCCAAGAUCUCAUGGCUCUUGGGUGAUGGAGCCUGGCAGCCCAAGCAUGAGCCCUUGCCCCCGAGCGAGCCCGAGCCGUACCCAUAAGCAGAGGUGUUUGUCAUUCCCCUGGGGGUGAUCGUCACCCGUGGGUUUCUCUGAGGCUCCAGGAAUGCAGGCUCCCUGCUGCGUUCUCCCUGGGAGAUUUGGAUCCCUCGGUCAAGGCCUGGGCAGUGUUUAAAGGGAAAUUUAAGGAAGGGGACAAAGCAGAACCAGCCACUUGGAAGACGAGGCUACGCUGUGCUUUGAACAAGAGCCCAGAUUUUGAGGAGGUGACAGACCGGUCCCAGCUGGACAUUUCAGAGCCAUACAAAGUUUACCGCAUCGUCCCCGAGGAAGAGCAAAAAUGCAAGUUAGGCAUGGCGACUCCCAGCUGCGUGAGCGACAUCACGGAGAUGGAGUGCACGCGCUCUGAGAUCGACGAGCUCAUCAAGGAGCCUUCUGUGGACGAUUACAUGGGGGUAGUCAAAAGGAGUCCUUCUCCGCCGGAGGCCUGCAGGGGCCAGCUGCUCUCAGACUGGUGGAUCCAGCAGCCCAGCGCAGGCUUGCCGCUCGUGACGGGCUACAGUGCCUACGAUCCGCACCACUCAGCCUUCUCCCAGAUGGUCAUCAGCUUCUACUACGGGGGCAAGCUGGUGGGCCAGACCACCACCACCCGCCCCGAGGGCUGCCGCCUGUCGCUGAGCCCCCCGGGCCCGCCCGGCGCCGGGCUGCUUGGGCCCGAGGGCCUGGAGCUGGUGUGCUUCCCGCCGGCCGACGCCAUCCCCAGCGAGCGGCAGAGGCAGGUGACGCGGAAGCUGUUCGGGCACCUGGAGCGGGGCGUGCUCCUGCACAGCAGCCGGCAGGGCGUGCUCGUCAGGCGGCGGUGCCAGGGCCGCGUGUUCUGCAGCGGCAACGCCGUCCCGCGCAGGGACAGGCCCAACAAGCUGGAGCGGGAUGAGGUGGUCCAGGUCUUCGACACCAGCCAGUUCUUCCGAGAGCUCCAACAGUUCUACAACAACCAGAGCCGGCUUCCCGACAGCAGGGUGGUGCUGUGCUUUGGAGAAGAGUUUCCAGAUAUGACUCCCUUGCGAUCCAAACUCAUUCUUGUGCAGAUCGAGCAGCUCUACGUCCAGCAGCUGGUGGAGGAAGCCAGGAAGAGCUGCGGUUCCGGCUCCACGGUGCCGCCUCCCGAGGAGCCCCAGCCGGACCAGGUCUUCCGGAUGUUUCCAGACAUCUGCGCCUCCCACCAGAGACCCUUUUUCAGAGAAAACCGGCAGAUCACGGUCUAAGUCUCUCUCUCGGGCCCGUCCUGCCCGCGUCUCGCGUUUCGUUACUACAGUUACUGUCGUAAUUAUUUAAGGAUGUGGCCCCCUCUGACCUGGGGCGGGGCUUCAUCUGCUCUUAAUUUAGUAAGGGCGUCCCGUGAGGGCUUGAUGUUCGACACAGAGUCGCGUCACGCCUCCUGUUCAGGUAUAAACGUAGGAAAGUGCGCCGAGCGAUCCAGAUGCUGUAACUACCUUCAACCAGUGAUUAAAACAUGUAUUCCCUGCAUUUCCCCUAAUUAUCAUCAGUUGCUAGAUUCUUUCAGCAUUUCGGGAUAAUCAAUAUUUCCAAAGACUCGGCAUUCAGUUGUACUAGCAAAGAGCUGCUUCCAGGAAAAAAAAAAAAAAAAAAUUGGAGUAGGAGAUCAACCUGUCAGAACAAGUCUGCUUUUUGUCUGUACCUCGCGUUAGAGCCGUGGAUUCGCGAUUUGAUACGCUUGAUUCCGCGUGGAGCGUCUCUGCUUUUAAGCACGUUAAUAAGGUUUAGAAAAACUUAGAUAGCAGCCCCCCUUUAGCAAGCGAGCACAGAACUCUUGGCUUGUUGCAGGAAUGCACCUCCUUGCUGGGAUCCGUUGGCAGGAGGGCACUUCCAUCACCAGGUGAGCUGGUAUGUUUUCACCUCCAGACAACGAAGACUUUUCCUCUGGGCCCUUGUUGCCUGGAAGCUUCGAGCUAAGUGUGUGUGUGUGUGUGUGUUUUCAUUGCUGUAAUUCAAUCACCCCAGAGCCCUCACUUUUUCUUCUUUCUAAAUGGUUUUGACCUGUUUUUAAAAAUACUCAUUCUUUCAAUUGUCCUAUUGUAAACUGCUUUGAUAUAUUUUUUUUUUUUUCACAUAAAGUGAGCAGGAUAGAAACCACAGAUUCAAAAAGUAAUUGUAGAUUGUACAAGCAUUUUGGUUUGUGCCUUUGACUCUGUCAACCCAUCGACGAGCCGGUGGUGGUGGUGAGCGUGUGGGCGCGGCUCGGGUGGCUUGGGGACCGCGGAUGAGAGGUGUCGGCUUCUUACCGCUGCCCUGGUCACAGGGUGGAUGGCGGCAGGGACAAGGCCUUCCCCAUCCCUCGGACUCCCUGGCCUGGGGCCACACCAGAUUCUACUCUUCAACGGAGUCCUGUGGUGGGACUCCAGGGGAGGAGUCCCAGUUUUAGCCCCAGAGGAACGUCACGCUAUUUCCUGUCCAAUCAGAUGCAUUUAUUGCCCCACAAUGUGUCAAAACGGCAGCGGCAGGCCGGCCUUCCCGUCGACCUUCCCCGUCUCCACAACCGCUCUGAAAUCACUUUCAUCAUUGAAAAGCACUUAAACGUUUUUAUCUGGGAAAAAAGCCGGUUGUAUUUCGCUAGAUUGGGGUGCCCCCUCCCCGCCCGUGUGUCCUGUGCGAUGUGCUGGGACUGGCAGAGGGUGGCCGGGUGCCGACCCUUGCCAGUGGAAGUCGGCGGCCGGGGCGAGCCCGUCCCACUUGCGGUGUGGACCCCUGGCAGGGUCGGGGAGGGUCUGCGGGCUUUCCCCCCAACUCUCUGUGGAGCAGGGGUGGGAGGGGGAGAAGAGUCGUCGCCCCCGUUCUUUCUCCUUCAUAACCCAGCCUCGUGGCCACCAGCCCUGACUGACAGCGACGGGGCACGAAGGGACCUCGCCUGUCGGCUUUCACCUUGAGGUGUGGGAGGAGCCGGGAUCUGGGGGACGAGACUGCCAGCCUGGCCCCCUUGUAACCGUGAGUCGCUGCUUUAAAAUCCAAGCCGAGGAAGACUGGUUCACUUUUGUGGCUGCUUCCACGAAGGUGACGCAGGCGUGGCAUAUGUAGUGAGACUUUAUGGUCGUAGGCCCUAUAGGUGUGUUUGAAUUCACCUGAAAAUAUAGGAAAAUGCGGCAAGAGUGGCUUCUCCUCUUUGGCGGACAGAGCCGGCCUCACAUUGUUGGGGGUAACAGACCCGUUUUCUGAAAUCACAUCAGAGAACAGCGACUUUCGGUUUCUAGCUCAAACGAAUGGUAAAGCGUGUAUCUUGAAUAUGCUAAAUGAAUAUUUAUUUUUGUAUCCAUUUAAAGCGUAUAUUGAUCUCUUUUAUUCUUUAUUAAAAUAAAGUGCCUUUUUAAAAGCUG